ACUUUUUAAGUAUAUAUGGUAUCAGAAAACUAUUUUAUUUAUUAGACAAUCUGUAUAUAUAAUAAAGCGUGGUCAGUAUAAUUUAUGAAAAAAUUAAUUUUAUAACAAAAUUUUAAAAUACAUGGAUACUAUGUCUAUACUGUACAUAGAUACUAUAGACACUAAUCUAUCCAAUUAGAGUUAAAGUGCCAUCCUCCACUUAAUCCUUACAGGAACAUGCCCGCUAUAACAACUGUCAAUAGAAUUGGUGAAGUGUGCCUCUUGGCAUAUCAUUUUUUAUAUCAAAUAAUCGAUUCAGCAAAUAAAUAAAUAUAUUUUAUUAUUAUUUAUUUUACCUUCUUAUUGUUUAGAUACGACAUGCAAUAUCCAAAAGGCCGGAAUUGGCUUCUUGCAAAGAAUGUGCCAUGGUCGAAUUCACAGACUCAAUUUCGGCACGAAUUGCUACACAAAUGGCUCUAGACAAUGCCAAAAUAUUUGAGUUACAUAAGUUGGCAGAUAAGAAGAAGAAAAAUCAAUCUACAAGGAAAAACACGAUCUAUAAAGAAAAGUUAAAUAAAAUAAUGAGAGAAGAUCGUAACAAUUCACUCAGUUAUCCUAGCGAAUCUGAUCUUGAAGACAGCAGAAUGAGGCAUAAGAAAAACAUUCAGGGAUAUCCAAUAUAUCACAUCCAUACGGAUUAUCCUAUUCAAGUGAGUCCUUCAACACCGGAUACAUGGUUAUCCCGGAGGCUUUCUUCCUGCUCUAUAUCCAGCUCAGAAAAUACUUUUAUGUUUCGACGUUUGUCUUCCGGUUCCAGUUCCAACUCGGAAUCUAGCAGACGUUAUUCCACGUGUUCAUCCGAUUCCGAAGCAGGUUUCUUUCACCCAGGUUCCUCUAUGGAACAUGAAGAAAGCUGUUAUAUCACAAGUCGUCGUGAAUCGAUUGAUUACGGAUCGUUCUAGAAGAUUAUCA